AAGAACUAAGAAGCAGACACAGAAAUAGAACAUGAUGAUGCAGCAGCUUCACCAAUUGUAUCUAUAUUUACCAAAUAUAUCUACACACACCUAAGUCCUCAAUACUAACGUUUGUCAACACAAUGUGCAUACAACACUCAUCACCUUAGUCCUUAGACACAUGUCAUGUCUUCUACUAUAUAAUAUACUAAACAUUUACAAUUCAAUGUGUACAUAUUUCUAACCAACCCCACCUCAAAAUCUCUUCAUUUUUACAAUCUUAUAAGUUACUGAUUGGGUUUCUUGUAAUCGUUGUAGUAUAUAAUGAUUUGCUUGAAGACUCCGCCGCUGAGGCAUGAUAUUUUGAUCAGUGAUCAUGUUGGAUGGAACAGUCAAGCACCAAAAUUAACAAGAAUCUUGGCUUUUCCAACCAAGAAAAACCAACCCUUGAGUCUUAAAAUCAGAGGGGCAGCAGGGAAAACAGGGAAUUUGAUGGAGAGAGAGAAGGAGAUGGAGGUAGCAGACAGGAGAGCUCUUGCAAUCAAGAGGGUCAAGGAGGAGGCUGCUGCCUGUGAGGAUUGUUUGAGGGAUUUUUCGCUUUUUACGACGAAUGCUAGAGGGGAGGCUACUACUUUGUUUGUUCAAUCCUGGACUCCUGUGUCUGUCAAAGUCAGAGGGGUAGUUCUUCUUUUACAUGGUCUAAAUGAGCACAGUGGAAGGUACAGUGAUUUUGCAAAGCAGCUUAAUGCAAAUGGAUUCAAGGUCAUUGGAAUCGACUCGAUUGGACAUGGUGGAAGCGAUGGGUUACAUGCCUAUGUUGACUCUCUUGAUGAUGCAGUCCUGGAUGUGAAAUUAGUUAUGGAGAAGGUUUUAGCCGAGAAUACAGGACUUCCUUGUUUUUGCUUUGGACACUCAAUGGGUGCAGCUGUUCUCCUUAAGGCAGCACUUGACCCAGUGGUUGAGACACAUAUAAGAGGUCUUGUAUUGACAUCUCCGGCAAUAGGCAUUAAACCAGCACAUCCGAUAUUUCCAGUACUUGCUCCAAUUUUCUCCUUCUUAUUGCCAAAGUAUCAAUUAAGUGCUGCAAACAAGAAGGGUGUUGUAUCUACUCGGGAUCCAGAGGCACUGCUGGCCAAGUAUUCCGAUCCAUUAGUUUAUACAGGAUUUGUCAGAAUAAGAACUGGUUAUGAGAUCCUCCGAAUCACCUCAUACUUGCAACGAAAUCUGAGAAGAUUGAGAGUGCCAUUUUUAGUCCUUCAUGGCUCCGCAGAUGCUGUAACUGACCCAGAAGGUUCCCGGAAACUAUAUAAAGAAGCUUCCUCGACAGACAAAAGCAUCAAAUUAUACCCCGAGCUCUUACAUGACAUACUCUUUGAACCCGAACGGAAAGAAGUUGCAGAAGACAUUAUUGAAUGGUUGAACAAGAGAAUGCAAGGUUAAGCUUUCAAUAUAAAAUGUAUAGUUAUGUUUCCAUAGAGGCUCAUGUUUAAUCUGCUUGGCAACUUUUAAUUACCUAUGUAAUCCUUGCAUCGGAGGUUUGCAAGAAAGUGUUGAAUCGCCCUGUUGGCUUUUGAGUUCAAUUUUGUAAAUUUGAUUAUACAAGUUUUGAGGGAUAAAAUUAUAAUAAUCGAGUCAUUUCAUGUCAAA